AUGCCUGUCUCAAGAGCGACCGCAUUCAGACAUCGUAAGCGUGAACAUAGCAGUUCAAGGGUAACUGGAAAUUUAGGCUUGCACGAAGAGGAAAUAGAAGGCCUUGAGGAGUCAUCAUCUAGUGAAGUUUUAAAAGCCGUGGACCAAGAUCAAGAGAUGUUUGAUUACUCAGACACAUUCGUGGAUAGUCUCGAUUCUGGUACUCCUGAAGAAAACGAAUCGAAUGAAGUACACGUUUAUGCAGGUGAUGUAGACCCAACCAGAACAAUAACUGAGCAAAUAAUAGAUGUAAUUCUUGAUGCUCUACAAUUGCAGCUUGAACUAAAAUUGUCAAACAUUGGAUUUGAUCAUAUCUUGGACUGGGGAAAGAAACUAUUCAUGAUGGGAUUUAGUGAGCAGUAA